GAUGCUAAGCGCCUGCAAUCCAAACAACGCCUCAUGCCUCCCUGCCCUGCUCAUGCUACCAAGCAUCUCCCCCUGCUAUCCUAUUCAUUCUCGCCUUCUCUUACCUUCCAAUUGGCACAGUCCGACGACGGAACGUCUAAUGGAACUGCCCUAUGGCUCGGAGGGCAGGUCCUCUCUGUCUAUCUCGCUCGAGUUGUCCAUCCACGUCUCUUCCAGCCCGGUAUGAGGGUUAUCGAGCUAGGUAGCGGCAUUGGGCUCUCUGCUCUCGUCCUUAGCUCUCUCGGAUGGGCUGUCGUUGCCACUGAUCUUCCCACCAUAACAACCACCAUUCUUCCCCGAAAUAUCUCCACCAACGUACCUCUUCUGUCUUCAUCUUCAGGAGAAAUUUCUAUUCGCCAGCUUGAUUGGACCGUCCAGCCGAAUCAAUGGCAUGAUCCUCUCAUUACUUCAUCCUUUGACCUCAUCAUCACCGCUGACACCGUCUAUGCACCACAUCUCGUUCAACCUCUACUAAGAACUCUCCAUGCGCUAGCGUCUAGCUCCUCCUGCCCUCCUCCCAUCUUUCUUUGUCUCGAACGCCGCGAUCCGGCUCUCGUUGACCGUGUCUUAUCAGAAGCUCGUUCCCACUGGGGCUUCAAAACCGAGCAAGUUCCGUGCAGAAAGAUCUCCAAAGCGCUUGAUAAGAGUGGCCUCAAGUGGGCCAAAGAGGUCUGGGACGAUGUCGAAAUCUGGAAAUUCACUGUCAACAACAACACCUCUCUAAUUUCUCAUUUAAGCUCUGGACGACACCUAAAUGAUAUGUCUUCUUCGCAUCCAACGGUGCCUUUCACAUUCAAUCAACCCUUGACUUUUAUCAAGGCACUGGCCGACGCUUUAGCCCUAUAUGUGUCUCAUUUAUCGCGCUCCUCUGUCACGUUCUCGUGGCUGGUGCAUCAAUCAAGCACUUUCUCAUCGUACUUGCUUCAUCGCCCUCCCCCCCCAAGGCAAUCCUUUCUGGGAACACCAGCUAUGCGAUUCGAAAUCAAUGUCAAUGACUCUUCACAACACAUCAAAGGUACCAAUUCGCAUAAUAGUAUUAACGCAAAGUACCGAGCAACCAAUUGUCAUGCCCUGAAUUUUUCCAUUCAUAUAGCGGUAUUUCCCAACGGAACCGCGUUUACUAGUCUCCUUCAGUACUCCUCCCGUCUGCGAGGUCGUCUGUGCCUAGCAGUUGACAAAAUGUCACUGCUUUCGGAAUAUCAGCGUCCUGACGGCCUUCCGAGUCGAGGAAUUGGAUUGUUGAUAGGGUGCAUAUGGAGCCGUCAACCCCAACGAUUGCGAGACGUUUGGUUGCCGGUUAUCCAUUUUACAGAAGCGUCUCGGACCCCUUUAUGGGGUCCACGUCGCACCACAUGGGUUGAAUAUCCACAGGGAAGCGCUAAGACGUGGGGGAAGCUGUACGGAGGACGGAGAUGUUUUACGGGUCGCAUUUCGCAGAUGUCGAUCAUAAAGCAUUCGAAUGCAGUAUUCAGCGGUUCAAAGUCUAGCGGUUUCUCCGUCUCGCAUCGAAGUGCAAAUGUUCAGCCGUUUUCACAGCGCAUAUUGAUAUCUAGUCUUCGAAAUUGGGCCGCAAGCGCACCCAUCCAUCACGCUGGAACUAUUGACCGAAUGGGUAUAACCUGA